CUUGCACUCACAGAUAGGAUCACACAUCGAUCUCGCCAUGGUGUUCGUCACAUCACCAAAUCACAAAACCCUAGCCCUAAAUCUAAACCCUAAGAUCACCACCCUCCAAACCCUAAAGCUCCAAAUCGAGCAAAAUUCUCACAUACCCAUUUCUCAGCAGCGCCUAUUCAUCUCCCAAAGCCUCCAGUUAAUCACCCAAUCCGACUCCGCCCUCCUCUCCGACCUUGGAAUCCGAUCCCUUUCAACCCUAACUCUUCACAUUCCCUUAUUCGGCGGCACUCAACCUCCCGCCGUCCCUAAACCCCGACUCGAGUUCCUCAACUCCAAGCCUCCCCCGAAUUAUGUCGCCGGGCUCGGCCGUGGUGCCACUGGCUUCACCACCAGGUCCGAUAUCGGGCCCGCACGUGCUGCGCCCGACCUGCCGGAUAGGUCGGCCACGACAAUCGGCGGCGCUGCUGCUCCUGCUGCCCCACCUGGGGUUGGCCGCGGUCGCGGGAAGCCAGAGGAAGAGGAGGAGGAUGAAGGGGAGGAUAAGGGGUACGAUGAGAAUCAGAAGUUUGAUGAAUUCGAAGGAAAUGAUGUCGGGUUGUUUGCAUCGGCGGAAUACGAUGAUGAGGACAAGGAGGCUGAUGCGGUUUGGGAAGCCAUUGAGCAAAGAAUGGACUCGAGGAGGAAGGACAGGAGAGAAGCUCGGUUGAAAGAAGAGAUUGAAAAGUACAGAGCUUCGAACCCGAAGAUCACGGAGCAAUUCGCGACUCUGAAGAGGAAGUUGUACACUGUGUCUGCUCAGGAAUGGGAGAGCAUACCUGAAAUUGGAGACUAUUCGUCGAGGAACAAGAAGAAGAGAUUCGAGAGCUUUGUGCCGGUGCCCGAUACACUUUUAGAGAAGGCAAGACAGGAAAAGGAGCAUGUUACGGCAUUGGACCCCAAGAGUAGGGGAGCUGGUGGUAUGGAGACUCCAUGGUCUCAAACUCCGGUUACGGAUUUGACUGCUGUAGGUGAGGGUAGAGGUACCGUUUUGUCAUUGAAAUUGGAUAGGCUUUCUGAUUCUGUUUCUGGAUUGACGGUUGUGGACCCGAAAGGGUACCUUACUGAUCUUAAGAGUAUGAAGAUUACUAGUGAUGCCGAGAUUUCAGAUAUUAAAAAGGCUAGGUUGUUGCUUAAGAGUGUUACACAGACGAAUCCGAAGCACCCACCUGGAUGGAUUGCGGCUGCCAGGCUGGAGGAGGUGGCUGGGAAGAUUCAGGCAGCUAGACAAUUGAUUCAGAAAGGGUGUGAGGAAUGUCCUAAGAGUGAGGAUGUGUGGUUAGAGGCGUGUAGGCUUUCAAGCCCUGAUGAAGCUAAGGCCGUAAUUUCUAAGGGAGUGAAGUCAAUUCCCAAUUCGGUGAAGUUGUGGAUGCAGGCUGCGAAAUUGGAACGUGAUGAUUUGAAUAGGAGCAGGGUAUUGAGGAAAGGUUUGGAACACAUUCCCGAUUCUGUUAGGUUAUGGAAGGCGGUGGUGGAGCUUGCCAAUGAGGAGGAUGCGAGACUUUUGCUUCAUAGGGCUGUGGAGUGUUGUCCCUUGCACAUUGAGUUAUGGCUUGCACUUGCAAGAUUGGAAACUUAUGAGAAUGCGAGGAAGGUCCUUAAUAGGGCAAGAGAGAAGCUAUCAAAAGAGCCUGCCAUUUGGAUCACAGCAGCGAAGUUGGAGGAAGCUAAUGGGAACACAGCCAUGGUUGGGAAGAUUAUUGAAAGGGGUAUACGGGCUUUGCAAAGAGAAGGGUUGGCGAUUGAUAGAGAGGCAUGGAUGAAGGAGGCUGAAGCUGCUGAACGUGCAGGGUCUGUUGCAACUUGCCAAGCAAUCAUUCGGAACACGAUUGGGAUUGGUGUGGAGGAAGAGGAUAGGAAGAGAACAUGGGUUGCUGAUGCUGAGGAAUGCAAGAAAAGGGGUUCCAUUGAAACAGCCAGAGCUAUUUAUGCACACGCACUUACUGUCUUUUUAACCAAGAAGAGCAUAUGGCUCAAAGCCGCACAGCUUGAAAAGAGCCAUGGUACUAGGGAAUCUCUUGAUGCUUUACUUCGUAAAGCGGUGACAUACCGACCACAGGCUGAAGUCUUGUGGCUUAUGGGAGCUAAGGAAAAGUGGCUUGCUGGGGAUGUCCCUGCUGCUCGUGCCAUCCUUCAAGAAGCUUAUGCUGCCAUUCCUAAUUCUGAAGAAAUUUGGCUUGCUGCGUUUAAACUUGAAUUUGAGAACCAUGAACCAGAGAGAGCCAGAAUGCUUCUUGCCAAAGCCCGAGAAAAGGGAGGUACUGAAAGAGUGUGGAUGAAAUCAGCAAUUGUUGAGAGAGAAUUAGGGAACAUUAAUGAGGAGAGGAAGUUGCUUGAUGAUGGGUUGAAGCGCUUCCCUUCCUUCUAUAAAUUAUGGUUGAUGCUUGGACAGCUAGAGGAACGCCUUGGUCAUUUGGAAAAGGCCAAGGAGGCCUAUGACUCAGGUCAGAAGCACUGCUCCAGUUCUAUUCCACUGUGGCUUUCUCUUGCUAAUCUUGAAGAGAAGAUGAGUGGGCUGAGUAAAGCUCGUGCAAUUCUAACAAUGGCCAGGAAGAAGAAUCCUCAGAACCCUGAAUUGUGGCUUGCUGCUGUUCGAGCUGAAUUAAGGCAUGGAAAUAAGAAGGAAGCUGAUAUAUUGAUGGCAAAGGCUUUGCAGGAGUGUCCCAAUAGUGGUAUCUUGUGGGCUGCAUCUAUUGAGAUGGUACCUCGUCCGCAACGGAAGACGAAGAGUAUGGAUGCCCUCAAGAAAUGCGAUCAUGAUCCCCAUGUCAUUGCUGCUGUGUCCAAGUUAUUUUGGCAUGACAGGAAGGUUGACAAAGCUAGGACUUGGCUUAACAGGGCAGUGACACUAGCGCCAGACAUUGGGGAUUUCUGGGCUUUAUACUACAAAUUUGAACUUCAACAUGGGACCGAGGAGAACCAGAAAGAUGUACUUAAAAGAUGCAUAGCUGCAGAACCAAAGCAUGGUGAAAAAUGGCAACCUAUUUCAAAGGCCGUGGAGAACUCCCACCAACCAACUGAAGCUGUCUUGAAGAAAGUGGUCGUUGCUCUUGGGAGGGAAGAGAGUGCAGCUGAAAAUAAUAAACAGUAGUUCAAGCUGUUCUGUUCCAGGUCGCUCCUCCCCCUUUCCCCCCUCGCACACGAUUCGGAUAUAUGCCAAGUGAACUAUAUGGUACCAAAUUUCUCAUUCCAAAUCAUGACAUGUUUGUAGGUACUUUCUCAAGUUAAUGAAAUCUGGUUGUCUUGUAUGUGAGUCGGGAUCCAACGGACAAUCUCGUCGGCAGCCAACUCAGUCUCAUCGUCUGUCUUCGUUUGGAGUAGGGAGGACAUUGAUUUCCAAUACAAUUCUUCCGAUCAGACUAGGGGUAUCAAAGAGGACUGGAACGAGUAGGAGUAUGUACAAUGAAAGAGGCCUCAUCGACGUGUGAGAUUGAUGAUCGACGACGUGCAUUUGUACGAGUAUGAAAGGCUUCAAGCAAUAGGUUAGUGAUAUUUUAAACAUUGUCGAGGAAACGAGAUUUCUUUGGAAUUUUUCUGAGGUCAAAGGAAAUGGAGAAGAACAAUUUUUUCCCUC